AUGAGCCAGCUCCAGACGAUUCUGCAGCGCGCGGUAGCAUUGGAGCGCGGGAUCGGUGCUGCCAAACGCCUUACGCGUCUGCGAGCCAGUCAUGUCAUAUCGCCGACAACCGUGUCAUCAGCCCUUGUGUCCUCCUUUUGUUCUGCAUAUGAAACAGAUUCGAUGCCGUCGGUGCGUGGGUCCAUGCUUGUCAAGAAUGUAUGGAUGACAUAUCCAACACGGCCACAGGUACCUGUUCUUUGUCGUGUCGACAUGACGUUUCCUGCCGGCGAGCAUACCUAUGUCAUUGGAGCGAGUGGCUCAGGAAAAAGUACUGUGGCUGCACUUCUGGCACGACUGUAUGAUCCUUUGGCUGGGAGCGUGAGUCUGGAUGACUUUGAUGUACGUACAUGGCCAUUAGGCAUGUUCCGUGAGCACGUGUUGUGUGUGCGACAAGAACCACUCAUCCUGGAGCGCAGUAUGCGCGAAAACCUUGACCCCAAGUCGUGUAUGCCACAAGCGAUGCUUGAUGCAGUCUGCAGUGCGAUGCGUCUCAACGAUCUUGUGAACACGCUGCCAGCAGGUCUUGACACAGUGCUGGGUACACGGGGUAUCGAGCUGAGUGGUGGCCAGAAGCAGCGGAUCGCCUUAGCACGGGCUUUACUGAUCAAUCCGACUGUGCUGGUUCUCGACGAAGUCACGUCGGCACUAGAUCGGGCCGCGGCCGUUGCUGUGCAUACGGUAAUUCGUGCUUGGCGGCAAGGCCUUACGACGGUGUUUAUUACGCACGACCUUUCAUUGAUUGGCGCGGGUGAUCGUGUGUAUGUGAUGGCAGAUGGCCGCGUUAAGGAACAAGGCACGUUGGGCACGCUCCGCUGUGCGAUGGCGGAUGCGACAGCGGCAGUUCAACAUUACGAUGCGUCACCGCCGGCCUACCCAGGGCUAGAAACGGACCCAGUGUCACCAGUGACAUCGACAGACCCAGUUGGUGCAGGCCAAGGUACAAUGGACGAUGUCUCUCACCAGGUGACGGAGACUGCGACAGCCACAACUACGGUCAUGUCGCUCACAAGACGGGCGUCACAGAUACUCAACUUUGAUGCACAGAUGGCGGCGUUGUGUACAGGUGCAACGAGUGUCGGUCAGCCGCCAUCCAUCGCCUGCGCACUUUUGUGGCUUUGGCGCACCAUCCCUUCCCGCACAGCCCUCUGUGCGGGGGUACUGGUAUGUGUGAUGUCUGGUGCGACCGUGCCUGCGUUUUCGCUGUGCUUGACACAAAUCCUGAUGGCAAUUGCGCAUACAAGUCCUGUAUCCAUCAGUGCGAUGAUAGGUGCCACGGCGUGUGUUGCGGUGGCUGAUGGCGUACUCAAAGGAGCGCGACAUGCAGGCAUGGACAUGCUAGCGAUCGCAUGGGUUGAGCGACUUCGUGUGCACGUGGCGCAUGCGCUUCUUGCGCAAGAUUGUGCAUUUUACGACGAUGCAUGUCAUGCGCCUAGCACGCUGACCAACACAGUCGUUAAGGAGGCAGAUGAUGCACGCUUGUUUGUUAGUGAGCUUCUCGGGCAGGGUGCUGUGGUGAUGGCCAUGGGUCUUGGGACGCUGGUGUGGGCGAUGGUUCGUGGUUGGCAACUCACGCUGUGUGCUUGUGCGCUCCUGCUCGUGGGUUUGGGGGUCCUGAGUGUGCACGGAGCGUGGCUUGCAAGGUGCGAGCAAAUGGCCAUGCACGCACGGACGUGCUCGGCAGAACGAGUGUUUGACUACGCAUCAAAUCAAAGAGCAGCUCGAGCGAUGGCUCUCGAUACACCAAUGUACCAGGACGCCAUCGCUGCCGGCAAUCGUGCAUAUGUUGCGGGUAUGCGUACCGCUAGAGCUGUGGCGUGUGGCGCAGGGAUUGCUGAUGCUUUGAUGUACUCGGCGGAGGCUGUGCUAUACGCGGUCGGUGCCGUACUUCUAGUCCAUCGGACAUACGACCUGCAACGGGUUCUGGACGUGCUGAGCCCGCUUGUCUUUACCAUGUCGUAUGCGGCCAGCGCAGCGGCUGUGAUGCCAGCGGCGGGACAGUGUAUGCCAGCGUUAGGUCAGAUCCAUAAGCUGUCCGAUUUGCGCACCGACACGGCAAGUGACAAGCAAGGUCACCGGGAUGUGCCGGACUUGAGCGGACGCCUAGAAUUCGAGCAUGUUUCGUUUGCAUAUGGAAUGCAUGGGAAUGCGCCACUUCAUGAUGUCUCUUUCACGAUCGAACCUGGCGAAAAAGUUGCUCUAGUCGGACGCUCAGGCUGUGGCAAGUCAACAGUGCUUGCCCUAGCGCAACGGUUGUAUGAACCGGCUCAUGGCCACGUGGUCCUGAAUGAACAGGGUGUGACAGCAGCAGAUGUGGAUUCUCAACAACUACGGCGGCACCUGGCCGUGGUAUCGCAGCAUGCGACGCUGUUUGCUGGCACCAUCAAGGAGAAUGUGCUGGCUGGCUCUGCUGAUAUAACUGAUGCUGAGCUCGUGCGUGCAGCAUGUGCAGCAUGUGUGCACGAGUUUAUCGCAGGGCUACCAGAACAGUAUGCGACGCGACUAGGUACAAUCGCUACGUUUAGUGGUGGACAGAUGCAGCGGAUAGAAUGGGCGCGCGCAUUCGCCCGGAAGCGUGCGAAGAUCUGGCUGUUGGAUGAGCCGACAUCAGCGUUGGACCAGGCCACUAGAGAUCAUGUACUAUCGAAUCUCUCGCAGCUGACUGGGACUACGGCUAUGAUUGUGACACAUGAUGUACAAGUGAUGCAGCGGUGUGAUCGAAUUCUUUUGCUUGAUGGAGGCCGUAUUGUUGCUAGUGGUCCGUGGCAUGCCUUGUGCAUGCAACCAACACUACAGCACGUGUUGCUGGAAUCGGACCCAUAG